GCCGGCCCAGCCCGCCCAGUAUCCCGCCCUCACUGCACUGCUCGUCGUCGAUGGAAGGUAUAUCGCUUGGACUUUUGACCAUGUUGACAUCACAGUACAGGCUGGAACCGGAUCAUUCUGUGUGUCGACUGUGAAUUUGUCAUGUUUGCCAUUUGGAUAUUGUACUUCUGUCUUCGUUACAGUUAGAUCACCAAAAUGACUGGGAGACUUGUUGGUAUCCAUUUGGCAAGGUUUGCAAGCUCAUCGCCGAGGAUAGGCGGGCUUUUCCGCGGGGUAAGCACAGCAGGAAGUAAUUCCAUCUUCUCCAAACAACUGAAAAGUAGCCCGUCAGAGGUGCCGUCAAGUCGGUACAUGAACCUCCCCUUGAUAUCUUUGACGAAAAGCUACUCAUCGGCACAGACGACAAAUGCGGUCUUUGCUCCGCCUUCAUCAUUGGGAGUGCAGACGGAAGGUGCAUCGAAGGGUCACUGCGAUGCUGUGAGUGACGUACGGCUGGACGACGGAGGCAAGCAACUCAUCAUGUCUUGGGAAGGUGGACAGAGCCAGACUUUCCCGUAUGUCUGGCUCCGGGAUAACUGCCGCUGCUCCAAGUGCUUCCAUCCUGUAGCCCUGGCUCGCUUGACCAUGGCCCACGAUCUCGACGUCGAUGUCACCGUCGCAUCGGCUGACAAAUCUCCCGAAGGCGAUGACGUGAUCAUCCACUGGGACGACGGUCACGAGAGCCAGUUUCCCUCGGACUGGCUGGCGGCCUACCGCUUCGUCGACUCGCAGCGAGACCAAAUCCUCAAUCCGAAGUAUAAGCUCUGGGGUGCGGAUAUCGACCUCCAGAGCUUCGAGUUUGGCGAGCUGCUUGAGGACGAUCGAGCUCUGCAUGACUGGCUGGCUGAGCUGGUGAUUCGAGGCAUUGCCGUGGUGAAGAACACCCCGUCCGAGGUCGGCCAGCUUCACAGGCUGGGAGGACGAGUGGCCUUCCUGCGGUCUUGCAACUACGGACCAACUUUCCAAGUGAAGAGCAAGGUCGAUCCGAGUAACGCAGCUUACACAAGCGGUCCUUUGGCCUUGCACACCGACCUCGCGUAUUACAUUCGACAGCCAGGGAUCCAAAUGUUGCACUGCAUAGAACAGGCUGAGUGCACUGGCGGCGAGAAUCUCUUCUCCGAUGGUUUCAAAGUCGCCUUGGAUCUGAAGGAGGUCGACCCAGAAGCGUUUCGGCUCCUGACGACCGUCCAGUUCGAGUUUUUCGACGUGGGCACGGAUCACUAUGGCAAAUUCCACCAGUACUCCAGACACCCGACCAUUGAAUUGGAUGAACUUAAAGAAAUCGCUUCUAUCACUAUCAGCGACCACAGCCGAGAUCCCAUGCUCCGAGUUCCGCCGGACCAGGUGCAGCCGGUAUACCGCGCCCUCAGCAAGUACUGCAAAAUGCUCGUCGAACCACAAAAUCUUCUCAAAUACAAAAUGGAAAAAGGAGACAUUACGACGUUCAACAACCGUCGAGCUUUACACGGCCGCAGCGCUUUCCAGGUGACGAAGGCUAGCGGGCGCCAUCUUGAAGGCAGCUACCUCGAGUGGGAUGAAGUCAACUCACGCCUGCGUGUCCUGGCUGCAGAGCUCCAAUCGAAAUAGUGAAAAGAUGUUGGCGACAGAACUUCUCAAAACCCAGGAUGGGAGUCGUCCCAGAGCCAUCUCAGUUCCGUCUGAUUAUAGACAUGUGAGAGACUAAUUUGAAAUAAUUAUUGAGGUUUUUUUUACCAAUCGAUCGAAUCAUCGUACCAUUCUCUGAACUCUGCAGCAGGCCUAUGUGGCGCGUGCAUGUGUAACCUGGAAAAAUGACACACUUGGGGAACUCGCGAAAACUACUACAACUAAACUAAACUUGGGAUCUUUGAAGGGAAAAGUCGCGAGGAGACUGAAUUAAUAGGGACAAGGGACACAAAUUCUAGAUUUCGAACAAAA